AUGUCGAAAGAUGUGGUAAAUACGGGCGAAACAGCAGAUGACAAAAAGCCCGAGAAGAGCGAACUGAAAUGGUUAGGUGAGACGUUACAGUACAAAACAGGUCUCGGGAUGAACAAUGAUGAAAAAAAGAAAUUCGAAAAGGAGAAAAAGGCACAUGAUGACGAGAAGCAAUGCGAUAAAUGCCUCGAAUAUAGAAACUGGGCCCUUCGGUAUUCUCCAAAUGUUCGCUUCAUGCUUGAUCAGAUAGGAAAUUUAGGUGGUGAAGUUCCAUCAGAUAAGAUGAAAUGUGAGAUAUGCACAGAUCCGAAGUACGGUGGCUUUCAUCCGGAACUUGGAAUUCAGCUUUGUGCAAAUUACAUACCUGAUAAAUGGGUUUUGAAUGACACUUUAUCUCAUGAGUUGGUUCACUGGUAUGAUAAUAUGAGAUUUCAGGUUGACUGGCUCAACCUCAGACAUCAUGCUUGUUCAGAAAUCAGAGCUGCCUCUUUAAGUGGGGAGUGUGCAAUAAUGACGGAAUUUUGGAAACAUGCCGGAUUUAUGAAGGUUGCAAAGGGUCACCAGAGAUGUGUGAAAAGAAAAGCCAUUCUGAGUGUUUUGGGCCAUCCCGCAUGUAAGAAUAAAGAGCAAGCUGAAAAGGUUGUUGAUGAUGUAUUUCGAUCAUGCUUUAAUGAUACACGUCCAUAUGAAAAUAUUUAUCGAUGA